AUGCGACGAACCUCCGUCUCCUUGCCGAUCAAGCAAGUUGCCCACGAUCCUCACGAGAAGCCAGACAGAUACGGCCACGAACGCCGACAGGCAGGCAUCCUGGAGAAACUCAAGAACGACAUGAUGUCCCAGGCGCAGAAGACGCGCUGGUUCAAGACCGGGGCAAUCCUCUUCAUCUUCGUCUUCGCCAUCUACUACCUCGCCCCCACCGGCGUCGAUGUCUACCGCGGAGGUCCAUCCACCGGCGGCGGCCAGGUCCCUGCCGACUCAUCGUACGGCACCGACAGGUGUACACAGUCCUACUCCAAGGACAAGCCCAUCGUCCAGUAUGUCAACAUGAUCGAUGCAGGGAGCACCGGCUCGCGGAUUCACGUCUACAAGUUCAAUAACUGCGGCCCCACCCCCGAGCUGGAGAACGAGGUCUUCAAGAUGACCAAGAAGAUCGAUGGCAAGAGCAGCGGGCUGAGCGCAUACCCGGACGACCCACAGGCUGCCGCCGAGAGCUUGGACAUCCUAAUGGAGGCCGCCCUGGAGACCGUCCCUGACAAGCUCAAGCGCUGCUCCCCAGUUGCCGUUAAGGCCACUGCCGGUCUGCGACUGCUCGGCUCUGAGAAGUCCCAGAGGAUCCUCGACGCCGUACGGGCCCAUCUCGAGGACAAGUAUCCCUUUCCUGUCGUCUCGGCCGAGAACGACGGUGUCGCGAUCAUGGACGGCUCCGACGAGGGUGUAUAUGCGUGGAUCACAACCAACUAUCUAUUGGGCAACAUUGGCGGGCCCGACGAGAGUAACACCGCAGCCGUCUUCGACCUAGGCGGCGGCUCGACGCAGAUCGUCUUUCAGCCCAACUUCAAGGGCCUGACCGACGGAGGUCUCCCCUCUAAGAUGGCCGAAGGUGACCACAAGUACGACCUGGACUUUGGUGGCCGUCACUUCACCCUGUACCAGCACUCUCACCUGGGCUACGGCCUGAUGAGCGCACGCGAUGCCAUCUUUGCGCAGCUGGUCAACGAGGUGUACGAUGCCUACCAGACCGAGCGGUCGUGGCUCUCGAAACCUAUUGUCAACCCGUGCUUCGCCUCCGGCAUGUCCAAAGUCGUUUCCGUUAAGCUUGGUGACGACCACCCUCUGGGUGCCUCGCGCGAGUUCAAUUUCACCGGCCCAUCUACCGGUGGUGCUCCAGCACAGUGCCGCAGCCUCUCAGAAAAGAUUCUGAAGAAGGAUGCCGAGUGCAAGCUUGCCCCUUGCUCGUUCAACGGCGUACACCAGCCUGCCAUUGCCAAGACGUUCGCAACCGAAGACAUUUACUUCCUAUCGUACUUUUACGACCGCACCCAGCCACUAGGAAUGCCCGACUCCUUCACGCUCAGGGAGAUGCAGGAGCUUGCGAACAAGGUCUGCGGCGGUGAGAAGGACUGGGACCUGUUCACGAGCGUGGGUGGUGCGCUCGACGAGUUGCGUGACAGGCCCGAGCACUGCUUGGACCUUAGCUUUAUGAUUGCGCUUGCCCACACGGGAUACGACAUGCCCAUAGACCGGGAGGUCAAAAUCGCCAAGAAGAUCAAGGAUAACGAGCUGGGUUGGUGCUUGGGUGCCAGCUUGCCACUCCUGUCACAAACUUCCGGAUGGCAGUGCAAGGUCACUGAGAUUCAUUAG